UCGCUUUCAUACUCUCAAGUCUUCUGAGUUCUUCUGAGUUGAACGUACUGUGCAGCCAUGGGAGACGCAGAGAUGUCUACGUAUGGGAUAGCUGCCCCGUACCUGCGGAAGUCGGAGAAGGAACGUAUGGAGGCUUCCACUCGUCCCUUCGACAUAAAGAAGGAAUGUUUUGUCCCUGAUGCGGCGGAAGAGUUUGUGAAGGCUUCCAUCACAAGUCGAGAUGGGGCCAGUGUUACUGUGGAGACGCAGCAUGGAAAGACGGUGACUGUCAAAGACUCCCAGGUUCUGCAACAGAAUCCUCCAAAAUUUGACAAGCUCGAGGACAUGGCCAUGUUGACGUUCCUCCACGAGCCCGCUGUGCUGUUCAACCUCAAAGAGCGUUAUGCAGCAUGGAUGAUCUAUACCUACUCUGGGCUGUUCUGUGUCACUGUCAACCCCUACAAGUGGCUGCCAGUCUACAACCAAGAGGUGGUUGUUGCCUACAGGGGAAAGAAGAGGAGUGAAGCUCCUCCUCACAUCUUCUCCAUCUCUGACAACGCCUACCAGUACAUGCUGGCAGAUCGUGAAAAUCAGUCAAUUUUGAUCACCGGAGAAUCUGGGGCAGGAAAAACCGUCAACACAAAGCGAGUCAUCCAGUAUUUUGCAAGCAUUGCGGCUGGAAGCGUUAAGAAAGAUGGCAAUGCCAAAGACAAGGGUAGUCUGGAGGAUCAAAUCAUCCAGGCUAAUCCUGCUCUGGAGGCCUUUGGAAAUGCCAAAACCAUUCGGAAUGACAACUCCUCUCGAUUCGUAAGUUAUUUGAUCGCUUUAUGUUUUGUUAUAACAAUAUAUAGCAAUACUCUAUUCGAUAUCUAUAUAGAGCUCUUCAUGACUACCAACUACAUCCCCCAGGGUAAAUUCAUCCGGAUUCACUUUGAUACUCGAGGAAAGUUGGCCUCUGCUGAUAUUGAAACAUACCUUCUGGAAAAAUCUCGAGUGACCUUCCAGCUCAAGGCUGAGCGAGAUUACCACAUUUUCUACCAGAUUCUGUCCAACAAGAAGCCCGAAAUUCUGGAGAUGCUGUUGAUCACAAACAAUCCUUAUGACUACGCCUUCAUCUCUCAGGGGGAAACACAAGUGGCCUCCAUUGAUGAUGCAGAUGAACUGAUGGCAACAGAUAGUGCAUUUGAUGUGCUUGGCUUCACGCAAGAGGAAAAGAACUCUGCGUACAAGCUGACGGGUGCCAUCAUGCACUAUGGUAACAUGAAGUUUAAGCAGAAGCAGCGUGAGGAACAGGCAGAGGCGGAUGGCACGGAAGAUGCUGACAAAUCAGCUUAUCUGAUGGGCCUGAACUCUGCUGACCUCAUCAAAGGUCUCUGUCACCCAAGAGUGAAAGUGGGAAAUGAGUGGGUCACCAAGGGACAAAAUGUUGCCCAGGUCUACUAUGCUGUUGGAGCUCUAUCCAAGGCCGUUUAUGAGAAGAUGUUUCUGUGGAUGGUGAUCAGGAUCAACCAGUCAUUGGAGACCAAGCAGCCUCGCCAGUACUUCAUUGGUGUUUUAGAUAUUGCUGGAUUUGAGAUCUUUGAUUUCAACACCUUUGAGCAGCUGUGUAUCAACUUCACCAAUGAAAAGCUGCAACAGUUUUUCAACCAUCAUAUGUUUGUGCUGGAGCAGGAAGAGUACAAGAAGGAAGGCAUUGAAUGGACUUUCAUAGAUUUUGGUAUGGACUUGCAGGCCUGUAUUGACCUGAUUGAAAAGCCCAUGGGUAUCAUGUCCAUCCUUGAAGAAGAGUGCAUGUUCCCCAAAGCCAGUGAUACAACCUUCAAAGCUAAGCUGUACGACAACCACCUGGGGAAAUCCAGCAACUUCCAGAAGCCCAGAAUAGUCAAAGGGAAACCAGAGGCCCAUUUUGCCCUGAUGCAUUAUGCUGGGACUGUUGAUUACAAUAUCAACAACUGGCUGGUGAAGAACAAGGAUCCUCUAAAUGAGACUGUUGUUGGACUUUACCAGAAGUCUAAUCUGAAACUAUUGGCAUUACUCUUUGCAAAUUAUGCUGGAGCAGAUUCAGCGAUGGGUGAAGCCGGUGAAGGCAAGAAGGAGAAGAAGAGAAAGGGUUCAUCUUUUCAGACUGUGUCUGCCCUUCAUAGGGAGAAUCUGAACAAGCUGAUGACCAACUUGAGGUCUACUCAUCCCCACUUUGUACGCUGCAUCAUCCCCAAUGAGACCAAGACUCCUGGAGCCAUGGAGAACCCGCUGGUGAUGCACCAGCUGCGCUGUAACGGUGUGCUGGAAGGCAUCAGAAUCUGCAGAAAGGGAUUCCCAAAUAGGAUCCUCUAUGGGGAUUUCAAACAAAGGUAUCGCAUUUUGAAUCCUGCUGCCAUCCCUGAGGGACAGUUCAUUGACAGCAGAAAGGGAGCUGAGAAGCUCCUUGCUUCUUUGGAUAUUGAUCACAACCAAUACAAAUUUGGUCAUACUAAGGUCUUCUUCAAAGCUGGACUGUUGGGUCUACUUGAGGAAAUGAGAGAUGAGCGUCUCUCCAAAAUUAUUACUGCCAUUCAAGCUCGAUCUCGUGGUCUUUUGUCUCGUAUUGAGUAUCAGAAGAUGGUGGAACGCAGAGAUGCUUUAUUAGUGAUCCAGUGGAAUAUCCGUUCAUUCAUGGGGGUCAAAAAUUGGCCUUGGAUGAAGCUGUUCUUCAAGAUCAAACCUCUUUUGAGAUCUGCCGAAGCAGAAAAGGAAAUGGCCAACAUGAAGGAAGAAUUCCUGAAGUUGAAAGAAGCUUAUGCAAAGUCUGAAGCACGUAGAAAGGAAUUGGAGGAGAAAAUGGUUUCUCUUCUCCAAGAGAAGAAUGACCUGCAGCUUCAAGUUCAAGCAGAACAAGAUAAUCUUUGUGAUGCUGAGGAAAGAUGUGAGGGGCUGAUUAAAAACAAAAUCCAGAUGGAAGCAAAAGCCAAAGAGCUAACUGAAAGAUUGGAAGAUGAGGAAGAGAUGAAUGCUGAAUUAACAGCAAAGAAGAGGAAGCUGGAGGACGAGUGUUCUGAGCUGAAGAAGGACAUUGAUGACUUGGAGUUAACGCUGGCUAAAGUGGAGAAAGAGAAGCAUGCCACUGAGAACAAGGUGAAGAACCUGACAGAGGAAAUGGCAGCUUUGGAGGAAAUCAUCGCUAAGCUGACCAAAGAGAAGAAAGCCUUACAAGAAGCUCAUCAGCAAACCUUGGAUGACCUUCAGAGUGAGGAAGACAAAGUCAACACUCUGACUAAGGCCAAGUCAAAACUCGAGCAGCAAGUGGAUGAUCUUGAAGGGUCUCUCGAACAAGAGAAGAAGGUUCGAAUGGACCUUGAGAGAGCAAAGAGGAAGCUGGAGGGAGACUUAAAGAUAAGCCAAGAAACUCUGAUGGACCUCGAGAAUGAUAAACAGCAACUGGAUGAGCGUUUGAAAAAGAAAGACUUUGAAAUUAGUCAGCUGCAUGGGAAAAUUGAAGAUGAGCAAGCCAUAAUAAUGCAGCUACAGAAGAAGCUGAAAGAGCUACAGGCUCGUGUCGAGGAGCUGGAGGAAGAGCUUGAGGCAGAGCGAACUGCCCGAGCCAAGGUGGAGAAGCAGAGAGCAGACUUGGCCAGAGAGCUGGAGGAGAUCAGUGAGAGGCUGGAGGAGGCUGGUGGAGCAACAUCUGCCCAAAUUGAGAUGAACAAGAAGAGGGAGGCUGAGUUCCAGAAACUCCGCAGAGACUUGGAAGAGGCCACGCUGCAGCAUGAAGCCACUGCGGCCACACUGAGAAAGAAACAAGCUGACAGCGUUGCUGACCUGGGAGAGCAGAUAGACAACCUACAGAGAGUCAAGCAGAAACUGGAGAAGGAGAAGAGUGAACUUAGACUGGAACUGGAUGAUGUCGUCUCCAAUAUGGAACACAUUGUGAAAUCUAAGGUUUAUUUAGAGAAGACGAACAGAACUCUGGAGGAUCAAAUGAAUGAAUACAGGAAUAAGUGUGAUGAACAUCAAAGAUCCCUGAAUGACUUUAGCACACAGAAAGCAAAGCUUCAAGCUGAGAACGAUGAGUAUUUCAGACAGCUAGAGGAGAAAGGAGCUCUCAUUUCCCAGCUGACAAGAGGAAAGAAUUCUUACAACCAGCAACUUGAAGAUCUGAAACGACAACUGGAGGAAGAAAUAAAGGCCAAGAAUGCAUUAGCCCAUGCUGUGCAGUCCUCUCGCCAUGACUGUGACCUGCUCAGAGAGCAGUAUGAGGAGGAGCAGGAGGCCAAGGCUGAACUGCAGCGCGGCAUGUCCAAAGCCAACUCGGAGGUGGCUCAGUGGAGGACUAAGUAUGAAACCGAUGCCAUCCAGAGGACUGAAGAACUGGAAGAGGCUAAGAAGAAGCUGGCUCAGCGUCUGCAGGAUGCUGAGGAGGCUGUGGAAGCAGUGAAUGCUAAAUGUUCCUCCCUGGAGAAAACCAAACACAGACUGCAAAAUGAGAUUGAAGAUCUCAUGGUGGAUUUGGAGAGGUCAAAUGCUGCUGCUGCUGCUCUGGACAAGAAGCAAAGAAACUUCGACAAGGUUCUUUCCGAAUGGAAACAGAAGUAUGAGGAAUCUCAGUGUGAGCUGGAGGGCUCCCAGAAAGAAGCCAGAAGCUUGAGCACUGAACUCUUCAAGUUAAAGAAUUCCUACGAAGAGUCCCUCGAUCAACUAGAAACGGUCAAGAGAGAGAACAAGAAUUUACAGGAGGAGAUCUCUGACCUCACUGAGCAACUUAGUGAGGGGGGAAAGAGUAUUCAUGAGUUGGAGAAAGCUCGCAAAAUACUGGAGCAGGAAAAGGGUGACAUUCAGUCUGGUCUUGAGGAAGCUGAGGCCUCCUUGGAGCAUGAGGAAGGCAAGAUUUUGAGAGCUCAUCUUGAGUUCAACCAGAUUAAGGCAGAGAUGGAGCGCAAAAUUGCUGAGAAAGAAGAGGAGAUGGAACAGUGCAAGAGGAACCUGCAGAGGACUAUCGACACCCUGCAGAGUUCUCUAGAAGUUGAGUGUCGAAGCAGGAAUGAGGCUCUCCGCUUGAAGAAGAAGAUGGAGGGAGACCUCAAUGAGAUGGAGAUUCAGCUAAGUCAGGCCAACAGGCAGGCAGCUGAGGCUCAGAAGCAACUCAAAUCUGUUCAUGCACAUUUGAAGGAUUGCCAACUUCAACUUGAUGAGUCUCUUCGUGCUAAUGACGACCUUAAAGAGAACAUUGCCAUUGUGGAGAGACGUAACAACCUCAUCCAGGCUGAGCUGGAGGAACUGAGGGCUGCUCUCGAGCAAACUGAAAGAAGUCGCAAACUUGCUGAGCAGGAGUUGUUGGACGUUACUGAGCGAGUGCAGCUACUGCACUCACAGAACACUGCUCUUAUAAACCAAAAGAAAAAAUUGGAAGCGGAUACUUCCCAGCUUCAGACAGAAGUAGAAGAUGCAGUCCAGGAGUGCAGAAACGCUGAAGAGAAGGCCAAGAAGGCCAUCACUGAUGCCGCCAUGAUGGCGGAAGAGCUGAAGAAAGAGCAGGACACCAGUGCUCACCUGGAGCGUAUGAAGAAGAACAUGGAGCAAACCAUCAAAGACCUGCAGCACCGUCUGGAUGAAGCUGAACAAAUUGCAAUGAAGGGAGGCAAGAAGCAGAUGCAGAAGCUCGAGGCCAGGGUUAAAGAGCUGGAGAAUGAGGUGGAAAUGGAACAGAAGAGGAGCAGUGAAGCUGUGAAGGGUGUCCGGAAAUAUGAACGUCGUAUCAAGGAACUCACUUAUCAGGUUCGAUGCUUAGGGAUUAUCUUUACCAGAGGGACACAUUAUUUUUUAUUUCUCUGAUUUCAACAGACUGAGGAAGAUCGCAAAAACCUUGCCCGUCUUCAAGAUUUGGUAGAGAAGCUACAACUGAAAGUUAAAGCCUACAAGAGAUCUGCUGAGGAGGCUGAGGAACAGGCUAAUGUUCAUCUGGGAAAGUCCCGGAAGCUGCAGCAUGAACUGGGUGAGGCUGAAGAGCGUGCUGACAUUGCUGAGUCUCAGGUCAACAAGCUGCGCGCUAAGAGCCGUGAUGCUGGCACCAAGAAAGGCUUUGAGGAAGAGGAUUGGAGAGAACGUUUAAAAAUGGGCGACGCCGCCAUGAAAGAAUUUGGGGCAGCGGCCUCCUACUUGAGGAAAUCAGACAGGGAGCGUUUGGAGGCUCAGACUCGUCCAUUUGAUAUGAAGAAAGAAUGCUUUGUUCCUGACAACGAUGAGGAGUUUGUGAAGGCUUCCGUCACCAGCCGUGAGGGGGACAAAGUCACCGCUCAAACUGCAAAGGGGAAGACUGUGACAGUGAAGGAUUGUGACGUGCAUCCUCAGAACCCGCCAAAGUUUGAUAAAAUUGAAGACAUGGCCAUGUUCACCUUCCUCCACGAGCCCGCUGUGCUGUUUAACCUCAAAGAGCGUUAUGCAGCAUGGAUGAUCUAUACCUACUCUGGGCUGUUCUGUGUCACUGUCAACCCCUACAAGUGGCUGCCAGUCUACAACCAAGAGGUGGUUGUUGCCUACCGGGGAAAGAAGAGGAGUGAAGCUCCUCCUCACAUCUUCUCCAUCUCUGACAACGCCUACCAGUACAUGCUAACUGACAGAGAAAAUCAGUCGAUUCUCAUCACUGGAGAAUCCGGUGCUGGGAAAACUGUCAACACCAAGAGAGUCAUCCAAUAUUUUGCCAGCAUUGCAGCUGGCAGUGGAAAGAAAGACGUAGGCUCUGAGAAAAAGGUGUUUAUCAUGAUUCGAAAUCCAAAUUGUAAAUUGCUUUCCUGGUUUUAGGGGUUACAUUUGAAUAAAUACCUGUGUUUUCAGGGUACCUUGGAGGAUCAAAUCAUCCAGGCUAACCCAGCUUUAGAGGCCUUUGGAAAUGCCAAAACCAUCAGAAAUGACAACUCCUCCAGAUUUGGCAAAUUCAUCCGAAUUCACUUCGCUGCCAGUGGAAAGCUUGCAUCGGCUGAUAUUGAGACAUAUCUGCUGGAGAAGUCCCGUGUCACCUUUCAGCUUAAGGCUGAAAGAGACUACCACAUCUUCUAUCAGAUUCUCUCUCAGAAAAAACCAGAGCUUUUAGAGAUGCUGCUCAUCACCAACAACCCCUACGAUUAUGCGUUCAUCUCCCAAGGAGAGACAACCGUCGCCUCCAUCAAUGAUGCUGAGGAGCUCAUGGCCACGGAUGAUGCCUUUGAUGUGUUGGGCUUCACCCAAGAGGAAAAGAAUGGCAUUUACAAACUGACAGGUGCCGUCAUGCACUAUGGGAACAUGAGGUUCAAGAACAAGCAGCGUGAGGAGCAGGCAGAGGCGGAUGGCACUGAAGAUGCUGACAAAGUUGCUUAUCUAAUGGGCAUGAACUCUGCUGACCUCAUAAAAGGUCUCUGUCAUCCAAGAGUUAAAGUGGGAAAUGAGUGGGUCACCAAGGGACAAAAUGUUCAGCAGGUCUACUAUGCAGUCGGUGCCUUGUCCAAGUCAGUGUAUGAGAAGAUGUUUCUGUGGAUGGUGAUCCGUAUUAACCAAUCUCUGGACACUAGGCAGCCUCGCCAGUACUUCAUUGGAGUUCUGGAUAUUGCUGGAUUUGAGAUCUUUGAUUUCAACACCUUUGAGCAGUUGUGUAUCAACUUCACCAAUGAAAAACUGCAACAGUUUUUCAACCAUCACAUGUUUGUGCUGGAGCAAGAAGAAUACAAGAAAGAGGGCAUUGAAUGGACGUUCAUAGAUUUUGGUAUGGACUUGCAGGCCUGUAUUGACCUAAUUGAAAAGCCCAUGGGUAUCAUGUCCAUCCUUGAAGAAGAGUGCAUGUUCCCCAAAGCCAGUGAUGCGACCUUCAAAGCUAAGCUGUACGACAACCACCUGGGGAAAUCCAGCAACUUCCAGAAGCCCAGAAUAGUCAAAGGGAAACCAGAAGCUCAUUUUGCCCUGAUGCACUAUGCUGGCACUGUUGAUUACAAUAUCAACAACUGGCUGGUGAAGAACAAGGAUCCUCUAAAUGAGACUGUUGUUGGACUUUACCAGAAGUCUAAUUUGAAACUAUUGGCAUUACUCUUUGCAAAUUAUGCUGGAACAGAUUCACCAGAUGCCGGAAAGGGAAAAGGCAGCAAGAAGAAGGGUUCGUCCUUCCAGACCGUGUCAGCCUUGCACAGGGAGAAUCUCAACAAGCUAAUGACCAACUUGAGGUCUACUCACCCCCACUUUGUACGCUGCAUCAUCCCCAAUGAGACCAAGACUCCUGGAGCCAUGGAGAACCCGCUGGUCAUGCACCAGCUGCGCUGUAACGGUGUGCUGGAAGGCAUCAGAAUCUGCAGGAAGGGCUUCCCCAACAGGAUCCUCUAUGGAGAUUUCAAACAGAGAUAUCGUAUCCUGAAUCCUGCCGCUAUCCCUGAGGGUCAGUUUAUCGACAGCAAGAAGGGAGCAGAAAAACUCCUUGGGUCUUUGGAUAUUGACCACAAUCAAUACAAGUUUGGACACACAAAGGUGUUCUUCAAAGCUGGUCUCCUUGGGCAACUCGAGGAGAUGAGGGACGACCGCUUGUCUCUCAUCAUUACUGGAAUCCAGUCUAGAUCGAGAGGUCUCCUGGCAAGAAUGGAAUUCCAGAAGAUUGUUGAAAGGAGGGAUGCAUUAUUAGUAAUCCAGUGGAAUAUUCGUGCGUUCAUGGGGGUUAAGAAUUGGCCAUGGAUGAAGCUGUUCUUCAAGAUCAAACCUCUUUUGAGAUCUGCUGAAGCAGAAAAGGAAAUGGCCAACAUGAAGGAAGAAUUCCUGAAGUUGAAAGAAGCUUAUGCAAAGUCAGAAUCCCGCAGGAAGGAACUGGAGGAAAAAAUGGUUUCUCUUCUCCAAGAGAAAAACGACCUGCAGCUCCAAGUUCAGGCUGAACAAGAUAAUCUUGCUGAUGCUGAAGAAAGAUGUGAGGGGUUGAUCAAACACAAAAUCCAGAUGGAAGCAAAAGCCAAAGAGUUAUCCGAAAGACUGGAGGAUGAGGAGGAGAUGAAUGCUGAAUUAACGGCAAAGAAAAGGAAGUUAGAGGAUGAAAGUUCUGAGCUGAAGAAGGACAUUGAUGACUUGGAGUUAACGCUGGCUAAAGUGGAGAAAGAGAAGCAUGCCACUGAGAACAAGGUGAAGAACCUGGUUGAAGAAAUGGCGGCUUUGGAUGAAAUCAUUGCCAAGUUAACCAAGGAAAAGAAAGCCUUACAAGAAGCUCAUCAGCAAACACUGGAUGACCUUCAGAGUGAGGAAGACAAAGUCAACACUCUGACCAAGGCCAAGUCAAAACUAGAGCAGCAAGUAGAUGAUCUUGAAGGGUCCCUUGAACAAGAGAAGAAGAUUCGAAUGGAUCUUGAGAGAGCAAAGAGGAAGCUGGAGGGAGACUUAAAGUUGACCCAGGAGAGCCUAAUGGAUCUGGAGAAUGACAAGCAGCAACUGGAAGAGCAUCUAAAAAAGAAGGACUUUGAAGUCAACCAGCUCACCAAUAGAAUAGAGGAUGAGCAGGCAAUUGCCAUUCAGCUUCAAAAGAAACUGAAAGAGCUUCAGGCCCGCAUCGAGGAGCUGGAAGAAGAGCUUGAGGCAGAGCGAGCUGCUCGAGCCAAAGUGGAGAAGCAGAGAGCAGACUUGGCCAGAGAACUAGAAGAGAUCAGUGAGAGACUGGAGGAGGCUGGUGGAGCAACAUCUGUACAAAUUGAGAUGAACAAGAAGAGGGAGGCUGAGUUCCAGAAACUCCGCAGAGACUUGGAAGAGGCCACUCUCCAGCAUGAAGCCACUGCAGCCACUCUGAGAAAGAAACAAGCUGACAGUGUUGCUGACCUGGGAGAGCAGAUAGACAACCUGCAGAGAGUCAAGCAGAAACUUGAGAAGGAGAAGAGUGAACUUAGGCUGGAAUUGGAUGAUGUCAUCUCCAAUAUGGAACAUAUCGUCAAAACAAAAACAACUCUUGAGAAGACAUGCAGAACUGUAGAAGAUCAGAUGAAUGAAUACAAGACCAAGUUUGAAGAAGCCCAGCGGUGCAUCAAUGACUUCAACAUGCAGAAAGCCAAGCUUCAAACUGAAAAUGGUGAGCUCUCAAGACAACUUGAGGAUAAAGACUCUCUAGUGUCUCAACUCACCAGAGGGAAAAUGUCAUACACUCAACAAAUUGAAGACCUGAAACGACAAUUGGAGGAGGAGACCAAAGCCAAGAAUGCAUUAGCCCAUGCUGUGCAGUCCUCUCGCCAUGACUGUGACCUGCUCAGAGAGCAGUAUGAGGAGGAGCAGGAGGCCAAGGCUGAACUGCAGCGCGGCAUGUCCAAAGCCAACUCGGAGGUGGCUCAGUGGAGGACUAAGUAUGAAACCGAUGCCAUCCAGAGGACUGAAGAACUGGAAGAGGCUAAGAAGAAGCUGGCUCAGCGUCUACAGGAUGCCGAGGAAGCUGUGGAAGCAGUGAAUGCUAAAUGUUCCUCUCUCGAGAAGACUAAACACAGGCUGCAGAAUGAGAUCGAAGAUCUAAUGGUGGAUGUCGAGAGGUCAAAUGCUGCUGCUGCUGCUCUGGACAAGAAGCAAAGAAACUUUGACAAGGUCUUAUCUGAGUGGAAACAGAAAUAUGAGGAAUCUCAAUGUGAGCUGGAAGGCUCCCAGAAGGAAGCCAGAGCACUGAGCACAGAGCUAUUCAAAUUGAAGAACUCCUAUGAAGAGUCUCUGGAUCAGUUGGAGACCAUGAAAAGGGAAAACAAGAACUUACAGGAGGAGAUUUCUGAUCUCACUGAGCAACUUGGUGAGAGUGGAAAGAAUAUUCAUGAGCUGGAGAAAUUAAGAAAACAAUUGGACCAGGAGAAAAAUGAGAUCCAGUCUGCUCUUGAGGAAGCAGAGGCUUCCUUGGAGCAUGAGGAGGGUAAGAUUCUAAGAGCUCAGCUUGAGUUCAACCAGAUCAAAGCUGACAUUGAACGGAAACUAGCUGAGAAAGAUGAAGAGAUGGAGCAGUGCAAGAGGAACAUGCAGAGGACAAUCGAAACUCUUCAGAGUUCUCUAGAAGCUGAGUGUCGAAGCAGGAAUGAGGCUCUCCGCUUGAAGAAGAAGAUGGAGGGAGACCUCAAUGAGAUGGAGAUUCAGCUAAGUCAGGCCAACAGGCAGGCAGCUGAGGCUCAGAAGCAACUCAAAUCUGUUCAUGCACAUCUGAAGGAUUGCCAAAUUCAGCUGGAUGAGUCUGUCCGUGCCAAUGAUGAUCUUAAAGAGAACAUUGCCAUUGUGGAGAGACGUAACAACCUCAUUCAGGCUGAGCUGGAAGAACUGAGGGCUGCUCUCGAACAAACUGAAAGAAGUCGCAAACUUGCGGAGCAAGAGUUGCUGGAUGUUAGCGAGAGGGUCCAGCUACUGCACUCACAGAACACCGGUCUGAUUAAUCAGAAAAAGAAACUUGAAAUUGACGCAUCCCAGCUUCAGAAUGAAGUAGAAGAAGCAGUCCAGGAGUCUAGGAACGCUGAGGAGAAAGCCAAGAAGGCCAUCACCGAUGCCGCCAUGAUGGCAGAAGAGCUGAAGAAAGAGCAGGACACCAGUGCUCACCUGGAGCGUAUGAAGAAAAACAUGGAGCAAACCAUCAAAGACCUGCAGCACCGCCUGGAUGAAGCUGAACAAAUUGCAAUGAAGGGAGGCAAGAAGCAGGUGCAGAAGCUCGAGGCCAGGGUGAAGGACCUUGAAAAUGAGGUGGAGUCUGAGCAAAAGAAGAGCAGCGAAGCAAUAAAGGGAAUCCGUAAAUAUGAGAGACGCAUCAAGGAACUCACCUAUCAGACUGAGGAAGAUCGCAAGAAUGUUGUGCGUCUCCAGGAUCUGGUUGACAAACUGCAACUGAAAGUCAAAGCAUACAAAAGAGCUGCGGAGGAGGCUGAAGAGCAGGCCAAUACUAAUCUGAGCAAGUUCCGUAAACUGCAGCACGAACUUGAUGAGGCUGAAGAGAGAGCUGACAUUGCUGAAUCUCAGGUCAACAAGCUGCGCGCUAAAAGCCGUGAUGUUGGCGCCAAGAAAGGGCUCGAUGAGGAAAGAAAAAGAAAAAGCAGCAAAAUGGGUGAUGCAGCAAUGGCAGCGUUUGGGCCAGCUGCUCCUUUUCUUAGGAAGUCAGAUAAGGAGCGUUUGGAAGCCCAAACUCGGCAAUUCGAUAUGAAGAAGGAAUGCUUCGUUGCUGACCCUGAGGUUGAGUACGUCAAGGCAUCCGUCACUAAUCGAGAUGGUGACAAAGUUACUGCUCACACUGAGUUUGGAAAGACUGUGACGGUGAAGGAUUGUGACGUGCAUCCUCAGAACCCGCCAAAGUUUGAUAAAAUUGAAGACAUGGCCAUGUUCACCUUCCUCCACGAGCCCGCUGUGCUGUUUAACCUCAAAGAACGUUACGCAGCAUGGAUGAUCUAUACCUACUCUGGGCUGUUCUGUGUCACUGUCAACCCCUACAAGUGGCUGCCAGUCUACAACCAAGAGGUGGUUGUUGCCUACAGGGGAAAGAAGAGGAGUGAAGCUCCUCCUCACAUCUUCUCCAUCUCUGACAACGCCUACCAGUACAUGCUGGCAGAUCGAGAAAACCAGUCCAUUCUCAUCACAGGAGAAUCUGGUGCUGGAAAGACUGUCAACACCAAGCGAGUCAUUCAAUACUUUGCCAGCAUUGCUGCAGUUCCAAGUGGUAAAAAAGAGCAAGCAAUUGAAAAGAAGGGUACCCUGGAGGAUCAAAUCAUCCAGGCUAACCCUGCUCUGGAGGCCUUUGGUAAUGCCAAGACUAUCAGAAAUGACAACUCUUCCAGAUUUGGAAAAUUCAUCAGAAUUCAUUUUGACAACCGAGGGAAGUUGGCUUCUGCGGACAUUGAGACCUAUCUUCUGGAAAAGUCUCGCGUGACCUACCAGCUCAAAGCAGAGAGGGACUACCACAUUUUCUACCAGAUCUUGUCUCAGGUGAAACCUGAACUUCUCGAAAUGCUGCUUAUUACCAACAACCCCUAUGACUACGCCUUCAUCUCCCAAGGAGAGACGACUGUGGCCUCCAUCAACGACUCCGAGGAGCUUAUGGCUACUGAUGUGAGCUAAGAACUGAUUGGAUUGUAGUUUAAAUCCAACAAUGUAAUUCCUGUUUUUGAUCGAUAGUUUUGUCAUUUUCAGGAGGCCUUUGAUGUUUUGGGCUUCACUCAAGAAGAGAAGAACAGCAUUUACAAGUUGACCGGCACCAUCAUGCACUACGGUAACAUGAAGUUUAAGCAGAAGCAGCGCGAAGAGCAGGCAGAGGCUGAUGGCACUGAAGAUGCUGACAAAGUCGCUUAUCUAAUGGGCCUGAACUCAGCUGACCUCAUUAAAGGUCUCUGUCAUCCAAGAGUUAAAGUGGGAAAUGAGUGGGUCACCAAGGGACAAAAUGUUGCCCAGGUUUACUAUGCUAUUGGUGCAUUGUCCAAGUCAGUGUAUGAGAAGAUGUUUCUGUGGAUGGUGAUCCGUAUUAACCAAUCUCUGGCCACCAAGCAGCCUCGCCAAUACUUCAUUGGUGUUUUGGAUAUUGCUGGAUUUGAGAUCUUUGAUUUCAACACCUUUGAGCAGCUGUGUAUCAACUUCACCAAUGAAAAACUGCAACAGUUUUUCAACCAUCAUAUGUUUGUGCUGGAGCAGGAAGAGUACAAGAAGGAAGGCAUUGAAUGGACUUUCAUAGAUUUUGGUAUGGAUUUGCAAGCCUGUAUCGACUUGAUUGAAAAGCCCAUGGGUAUCAUGUCCAUCCUUGAAGAAGAGUGCAUGUUCCCCAAAGCCAGUGAUGCGACCUUCAAAGCUAAGCUGUACGACAACCACCUGGGGAAAUCCAGCAACUUCCAGAAGCCCAGAAUAGUCAAAGGGAAACCAGAGGCCCAUUUUGCCCUGAUGCAUUAUGCUGGGACUGUUGAUUACAAUAUCAACAACUGGCUGGUGAAGAACAAGGAUCCUCUAAAUGAGACUGUUGUUGGACUUUACCAGAAGUCUAAUCUGAAACUACUGGCGAUACUCUUUGCAAAUUAUGCUGGAGAUGAUUCUGCUCAAGUGUCUGGCGGUAAGGGUAAAGGUGCCAAGAAGAAAGGGUCCUCCUUCCAAACUGUAUCUGCAUUACACAGGGAGAAUCUGAACAAGCUGAUGACCAACUUGAGGUCUACUCACCCCCAUUUUGUACGCUGCAUCAUCCCCAAUGAGACCAAGACUCCUGGAACCAUGGAGAACCCAUUGGUCAUGCACCAGCUACGCUGUAACGGUGUGCUGGAAGGCAUCAGAAUCUGCAGAAAGGGCUUCCCCAACAGGAUCCUCUAUGGAGACUUCAAACAGAGAUACCGUAUUCUGAACCCCAACGCAAUUCCUGAAGGACAGUUUAUUGACAACAAGAAGGCUGCGGAGAAACUGUUAGGUUCUCUGGAUAUUGACCACAACCAGUACAAACUUGGACACACUAAGGUGUUCUUCAAAGCCGGACUGCUGGGUCAGCUUGAAGAGAUGCGAGAUGCCCGAUUAGCGCUGAUCAUUACUGGCAUCCAAGCUCGGUCAAGGGGUCUUCUGGCAAGACUUGAAUUCCAGAAGAUUGUCGAACGGAGGGAUGCGUUACUUGUGAUCCAGUGGAACAUCCGGGCCUUCAUGGGGGUCAAGAAUUGGCCCUGGAUGAAGAUGUUCUUCAAGAUCAAACCUCUUCUAAAGUCAGCUGAGACUGAAAAGGAAAUGGCCAACAUGAAGGAAGAGUUCAUCAAGCUAAAAGAGGCUUAUGCAAAAUCAGAAUCCGGGAAAAAGGAACUCGAAGAAAAAAUGGUCACACUUCUCCAAGAGAAAAAUGACUUACAGCUACAAGUUCAGGCUGAGCAGGAUAAUCUUUGUGAUGUUGAAGAAAGAUGUGAGGGCCUGAUUAAAAACAAAAUCCAGAUGGAAGCAAAGUGCAAAGAGUUGACUGAAAGACUGGAGGAUGAGGAGGAGAUGAAUGCUGAACUAACAGCUAAGAAACGAAAAUUGGAGGAUGAGUGUUCUGAGCUAAAGAAAGACAUUGAUGAUUUAGAAUUAACCCUUGCUAAAGUGGAGAAGGAGAAACAUGCCACUGAAAACAAGGUGAAGAACCUGACAGAGGAAACGGCUGCCUUGGAGGAAAUCAUCGCAAAGCUGACCAAGGAGAAGAAAGCCUUACAAGAAGCUCAUCAGCAAGUGCUGGAUGAUCUUCAGAGUGAAGAAGACAAAGUCAACUCUCUGACCAAGGCCAAAUCAAAACUAGAGCAGCAAGUGGAUGACUUGGAAGGAUCCCUGGAGCAGGAGAAAAAAAUGCGAAUGGACCUUGAAAGAGCGAAGCGAAAGCUUGAAGGGGACUUAAAAUUAGCUCAAGAGAGUCUUAUGGACCUGGAAAAUGACAAGCAACAACUUGAAGAGAGGCUUAAAAAGAAAGAUUUUGAAAUUAACCAACUUAUGGGUAAAAUAGAGGACGAGCAAGCCAUGAGUACACAGCUACAGAAAAAAUUGAAGGAGUUGCAGGCCCGCAUUGAGGAACUUGAGGAAGCGCUUGAGGCAGAAGGAGCUUCACGAGCCAAGGUGGAGAAGCAGAGAGCUGACUUGGCCAGAGAGCUGGAGGAGAUCAGUGAGAGGCUGGAGGAGGCUGGUGGAGCAACAUCUGCUCAGAUUGAGAUGAACAAGAAGAGGGAGGCUGAGUUCCAGAAACUCCGCAGAGACCUGGAAGAGGCCACUCUCCAGCAUGAAGCCACUGCGGCCACUCUGAGAAAGAAACAAGCUGACAGUGUUGCUGACCUGGGAGAGCAGAUAGACAACCUGCAGAGAGUCAAGCAGAAACUGGAGAAGGAGAAGAGUGAAAUUAGACUGGAACUGGAUGAUGUCGUCUCCAAUAUGGAACAUAUUGUGAAGUCCAAGAAUCAUUUAGAGAAAAUGUGCAGGUCCCUGGAAGACCAGAUGAGUGAAUAUAAAACAAAGGCAGAAGAGGGACAGCGUACCAUCAAUGACUUCACCACACACAAAGCCAAACUUCAAACUGAAAAUGGUGAACUUGCAAGGCAACUUGAAGAGAAGGAUUCCCUGGUGUCGCAACUCACUAGAGGAAAACAAUCCUAUACUCAACAAAGUGAAGACCUUAAAAGGCAACUGGAAGAGGAAGUCAAGGCCAAGAAUGCUUUAGCCCAUGCUGUGCAGUCCUCUCGCCAUGACUGUGACCUGCUCAGAGAGCAGUAUGAGGAGGAGCAGGAGGCCAAGGCUGAACUGCAGCGCAGCAUGUCCAAGGCCAACUCUGAGGUGGCUCAGUGGAGAACUAAGUAUGAAACUGAUGCCGUCCAGAGGACUGAAGAACUGGAAGAUGCUAAGAAGAAGCUGGCUCAGCAUCUACAGGAUGCUGAGGAAGCUGUGGAAGCAGUCAAUGCUAAAUGUUCCUCUCUGGAGAAAACCAAACACAGACUGCAGAAUGAGAUUGAAGAUCUGAUGGUGGAUGUCGAGAGGUCAAACGCUGCUGCUGCUGCUCUGGACAAGAAGCAAAGGAACUUUGACAAGGUCUUGGCAGAGUGUAAACAGAAAUAUGAGGAGUCUCAAUCAGAGCUGGAAAGCUCACAAAAGGAGGCAAGGACUUUGAGCACAGAGCUUUUCAAACUGAAGAACUCCUAUGAAGAAGCUCUCGAGCACCUAGAGACUAUGAAGAGAGAAAACAAGAACCUACAAGAGGAAAUAUCUGACCUCACUGAACAAAUCAGUGAGGGAGGAAAGAGUAUUCAUGAGCUUGAAAAAAUACGAAAGCAGUUGGAACAGGAAAAGUCUGACAUUCAAACUGCUUUGGAAGAGGCAGAGACCACGUUGGAGCACGAGGAAGGAAAAAUUCUCAGAGCCCAGCUUGAGUUCAGUCAGGUGAAGGCCGAUUUUGAGCGCAAGCUGGCUGAAAAAGAUGAGGAGCUGGAGCAAGCAAAGAGAAACCAACAGAGAAUUGUAGACAACCUUCAGUGCUCCCUUGAGGCGGAGACCCGAAGCAGGAAUGAGGCCCUUCGUUUGAAGAAGAAGAUGGAGGGAGACCUCAAUGAGAUGGAGAUUCAGCUAAGUCAGGCCAACAGGCAGGCAACUGAAACUCAGAAACAACUCAAAUCUGUUCAUGCACACCUAAAGGAUUCCCAACUUCAACUUGAUGAGUCUCUUCGUGCUAAUGAUGAGCUCAAAGAGAACAUCCUCAUGGUGGAGAGACGUAACAGUCUAAUUCAAGCUGAGCUGGAAGAACUUCGGUCUGCUCUUGACCAAUCCGAGAGAGGACGCAAACUUGCUGAGCAAGAGCUGCUGGAUAUUAGCGAGAGGGUGCAGCUCCUGCACUCACAGAACACCUCCCUGCUAAACCAGAAGAAAAAACUGGAAGCUGAUACAUCCCAACUUCAGAGUGAGGUUGAAGAUGCAGUUCAGGAGUGCAGAAAUGCUGAAGAGAAGGCCAAGAAGGCUAUUACUGAUGCUGCCAUGAUGGCAGAAGAGCUGAAGAAAGAGCAGGACACCAGUGCUCACCUGGAGCGUAUGAAGAAGAACAUGGAGCAGACCGUCAAAGACCUGCAGCACCGUCUGGAUGAAGCUGAACAACUUGCAAUGAAGGGAGGCAAGAAGCAGGUGCAGAAGCUCGAGGCCAGGAUCAAAGAGCUGGAAAGUGAAGUUGAAAUGGAACAAAGAAAGUCAAGCGACGCUGUCAAGGGUGCACGGAAGUAUGAGAGACGCAUCAAAGAGCUAACAUACCAAGUGAGGUUAAACAAGGACAGAAUGGAUAUCAAUGCUUGCAUUGUGAAAAAUAUGGGUUGCUUUCUUUAUUCAUAUUUAUUUCAGACAGAAGAGGAUCGUAAGAACCUAGCCCGUCUGCGAGACCUCGUGGAUAAACUCCAGUUAAAAGUCAAAUCCUAUAAGAGGACUGCCGAGGAAGCUGAAGAACAAGCCGACAGUAACAUGGUGAAGUUCCGUAAGAUUCAGCAUGAGCUUGAUGAAGCGGAGGAGAGAGCUGACAUUGCCGAGUCUCAGGUCGACAAGCUGCGUGCCAAGAGUCGGGAUGUUGGCCCAAAGAAAGGACAGAAUGAAGAAUGAAGCUCCAUGAUCCUCUUCUUGCGCCGGAGUUAGCUGUGGUCAAACUCAUGCUGAUUCCCUCAGUGUGUUAUCCAAUAGAAUAAAGAAAUCUGCAUCUCA